GCCCAUUCCAUAACGACCAUAUCACUUAAAAUGCACCUCAAACCAAUCAACGGAUCGGAGCUUCGAAUGCCCGAUGUUGUCCUUGGAGACCACAAGUAUGAUGGCCGCGUAAUUUUGUAUGCGCUCAAAGCGAAUGAGACCAACUACAUCAACUUCAUCAAACCCAUGAUUUUGGCUCUUGAACUAGAUAUACCUCAUGUCAUAUCUAUCAUCGAUACUCGCGAUCAAUGGUUCUAUUCAAUCCAUCCUGAGCGAAUGGUCCCAUCGCUCAAAGACCUUGAUCCAGAGACAGGUGAAGACGUAAUAGUGUUCGAGGGAACAGCAUGUUUGCAGUAUUUGGCUGAGUUAUGGGACAAAGAUGGACUGUGGAGUGGGCGAACAGCAGCUGAGAAAGGCGCAGUGCUUGCUUGGACAGCAUACCAGACUGCAGGACUGGGGGCGACAGCAAAAUACUGGCUGUACUUUCUGCGCGGGUACCCGACGCGAAAAGACCCCGUGCAGCUCCCUCGCACCAUUGAAAAGUUGCAUGCAAAUGUUCUAAAGCAGUGGGACAUCCUUGAGACCAGGCUAUCACAACCUGGUCAACAAUAUAUUGCGCUCCGUGAUCGACCUACGCUUGCCGACCUUUCGUAUUUUCCUUUCGCAAUGCCGUGGAUGUUCCAAUUUCUCGGUGUCAAUGUAGUGGACUGGCCUAAUAUUGAAAAGUGGGGUAAGUUGAUGCUUGCACGUGCAGCAGUCAAGAAGGUGAUGGAUGAGGCACCCACAUUUGGCCAUGAGGCUGCAGAAUGUUCGAUGUAA